UUCAUUUAACAUCAAUUUCUCUCAAAUUAGAUGUGGCAAAUUGUAUUUCUGAAGCUCUUUCACUUUCAAAAGAGGAACAAAAUUUCUUAUUAAAUAUUAGACAUCCUAAAUUGGUUGUUAACAAUGAAAAUUUCACAAUCUUCAAAUUUUGUUCUUACACGUGAUGCUACAUGUUUACUUGAACGUUUGGCUGCUUCAAUAAUCCAAACUCCGCCUGAGCCAAUUCUUUUAACGGGUGAAACUGGAGUUGGGAAAACUAGUUCAAUUCAAUAUUUAUCUCAUUUACUUCGUGUUCCUUUACGUGUUGUUAAUUUAAGUCAGGAAUCGGAGUCUACUGAUCUUUUGGGAGGUUAUAAACCAACAUCGCCAUUAAAUAUUCUUCGACCUUUGGCUGAUGAAUAUUUUCGUUUGUUUAAAAUUUCAUUUGAUUUGGAGAAAAAUUCCAAGUUUUUGAAUAACGUCAAUAAAUGUUUUAACUCUCAACGUUUUGGUGAUUUUCUUCAACUUAUUUUGAAGUCGAGCACUAGAAUUUGUCGUAAAUUACCUGAUGCCCGUAAUGAGUGGAUGAAAUUGGCAAAGAAGACUUCUCGAAUGAUUAAAUACUUUGCUGAUAAAGAUGAUGGUGAAAGUUGGCGUCGAAGAAUGUUUUUUGCUUAUGUCAAAGGUGUAGUCACUGAAGCAAUCGAGCAAGGACAAUGGCUUUUAGUGGACGAAAUAAAUCUGGCAUCUGCUGAAUGUUUGGAUGUUAUUUUGCUCGAGUUAUCAACUGAUGUACAUAAGAACUUUCGUCUUUUUGCUUGUAUGAAUCACGCAACAGAUAUAGGAAAACGUUUAUUACCAAGCGGAAUUCGCGCAAAAUUCACUGAAAUUUUUGUCUCUGAAAUUGUGGAUGUGGAUCAAUUACAUAUUCUUAUUCGAGGUCAUCUUCCUUCGCUUCCAAAAAAUUUGAUUGAUGGAACACUGAAUUUUUACAAAGAAAUAAUUGCUUCAUUUCCUCUUAAAUUCAGUUUACGUAAUCUAAGCCGUGCACUUUCAAUGGUCGGUGACAAUUAUUCUAACAAUGGUCAGCUUACCUCAAUUUUGAGUGCUUGCCGUCUUUCAUUUUCUAGUCAACUUGGUGUAAAUCAGCGAAUUAUGAUGUCUAACAUUCUUGCUAAAUCAUUUGGUUUAUCUUCUCUUCAAUUUCCAGCACCAAAAGCUGACCAAAUUGAUGACUCCAAAUUUAUAUUAAUCGAAGGUUUUCCGAUUCCUCGAGGCUCUGAACCAAUUACUAACGACGGUAUUUAUGUUUUCACUCCAUCAGUCAGAGAGAAUAUAAAAUUAUUGGCUAAUGUUGUUUCUACCCGAAAAUAUCCUAUCCUUCUUGAAGGAGAGACUUCUGCUGGAAAAACUUCCAUGGUUAUUCAACUUGCCAAAAUGAGCGGUAAUUGUGUCUAUCGAAUUAACAACCAUGAACAUUCUGAUAUCCAGGAAUAUAUUGGCACUUACGCUCCUGAUAUGGAUGGAAGGCUUGUUUUUACUGAGGGCCUUCUUUUAAAAGCCCUUAAAUUUGGCCACUGGAUAAUUCUCGACGAGUUAAAUUUGGCUCCUAGUUCUGUACUUGAAGCAUUGAAUAGGCUUCUUGACGACAACCGUGAACUUUUUGUCCCUGAACUUAAUUACACCAUCAAGGCUUAUCCUAACUUCCAAUUAUUUGCUACUCAGAAUCCUUUUGGUGCUUAUUCUGGUCGUAAACACCUUUCUCGUGCAUUUCUAAACAGAUUUAUGGUGAUUCAAUGUGAUCUAAUUCCGCUCUCUGAACUUCCUCAAAUUGUUCAACAUCGUUGUGGCAUAGCACCUAAACAGGCAAAAUUGGCUGUCGACGUUUUAUAUGAACUGCGUAAUCGAAGAGCCAUCUCUAAAAUAUUCUCUUCAUCAGAUGGCUUAAUGACUUUGAGAGACCUUUUCCGUUGGGCUAAUAGGCUUGCCUCUCAGAAACAAGUCGAUGAUUGGCGACAGUCAAUGGCCGAUCAUGGAUAUUUUGUACUUGGUACUCGCUGUCGCACACCUCAUGACGAACGAGAAGUUAUAAAUGUAUUGGAACAAAAAUUGCAACGCAAAAUCAACGUCGAUCUUCUUUUUGGUCAAAACUCUCCAUUUAUGCCUAAUAUUGUCAUCCCUCAACAAAUAGUGUUAACUGCACAAUUACGUCGAACACUUAUCCUUUGCUCAGAGGCUUGGAAAUGUAAUGAACCUGUUCUACUUGUUGGUGAUACAGGUUGUGGCAAGACGUCUGCUGUUCAUCUUUUUGGUGAUCUUCUUUCAAUAAACUGCCAUGAGCGAACAGAUGCUUCAGAUCUUCUCGGAAGUGUUCGUCCACUUCAUGAUUCAAAAAUUGGCCCAACUUUCCAAUGGAAAGAUGGUAUUGUUGUGCAGGCGAUGCGUCGCGGUCAACGUGUACUAAUUGAUGAGAUCUCGCUUGCUUCUGAUUCUGUUCUUGAAAGGCUUAAUUCAUUACUUGAAUCGGAACGUACAAUUUUACUAACAAAUCCUGCUUCGUCUACUUCUGGAGAUUCUAAUUCAAUUGAGCAAUUGGUUAGGGCGAAUUGUGGUUUUCAGCUCGUAGCAACAAUGAAUCCUGGGAAUGAUUAUGGAAAGAGAGAGCUUUCAAAAGCAUUACGCAAUCGAUUUACAGAAAUCUGGUGUCCAAACAAUUAUUACAGAGAAGAUGCAUUAGAAAUACUUCGCCGGCGGUUACAAUGUGAUUCAUCUGCAAAAUUGACUAUUGAAUUAAUGGAUAAGAUUGCAAGUGUUUUUAUAGACUUCACUGAAUUUUUUACCAAUCAGCUUGCUGAAAUCAUAAAAUUUUCUCCUUCAUUACGAGACUUGGUUGGAUUGGCGGAGCUAUUCAUGGAAAUGCUGAAUACGAUUGCUUCAGAUGUUAAUUUAAAUACGCUUGUCAAAUUACUUUAUCAUUCCAUUGAGGCAACUUUCUUAGAUGCCUUAGGAGUUAUGCCCCAGCUUGUGCAAAAAUAUGGUUUUAUUUGUGAAAAUGUUCUACCUCAUUUGGGAUGUGACGAUAUUAUUGUAAACGAUUAUGGCCUCUCAAUUGGACCUUUCUUCAUUAAAUGUUCCGACGAAAGUGUUGAAGCUUGCAAAUUUCCUAAAGGAUAUUCGAUAAAUUCUCCAAGCACUUGUAAAAAUAUACUCCGGAUUGCUCGUGCGUUGGCGUCAAAUAAGCCAAUAAUGUUGGAGGGUAGUCCUGGCUCUGGUAAAUCAAGUUUAGUGAUGGCAUUAGCUGCAGCAACUGGUCAUAAAUUAAUUAGACUUAAUCUUUCUGAACAGACGGAUGUUUACGACUUAUUUGGAACAGACGUUCCAGUUGCUCAAUCUAAUGGAAAAUCUGCCACGUUCGCUUGGCGCGACGGUCCAGUUCUUAAAGCUAUCAAAGAAGGAAGUUGGAUUUUAUUGGAUGAGAUGAACCUGGCUUCUCAGUCUGUUCUUGAAGGCCUCAAUUCUUGUUUUGAUUUUCGGAAGAAUAUUUACAUUAGCGAAUUGGAUCGUACUUUUGAUGUUGAUGCUCGUAAAUGUCGCUUUUUUGCUUGUCAAAACCCGCAUAGUCAAGGUGGUGAUCGGAGGGCGUUGCCAAAAUCAUUUGUUAACCGAUUUAUUUCAAUUUUCAUUGAAGAAAUGACUGACGACGAUUUUAUUUUUAUUUUGACUGAAUAUUCUAAAACAAUCCAUAAUGGAAAUUUAUAUCUUUCUAAUGAACUUAUUGCAAAAAUUAUUUUAAUUAACAAACUCUUCAAAGAAGCCAAUACUCUUGUGAAAAAUAGCUUUGAAUUCAAUUUACGAGAUUUAUUCCGAUUUUUGGAGGCAAUUGUUUUGUUUCGCGGGAAUGUAGACUUCAGUUUCGAUUUGGUUUAUUUAAGUCGUUUAAUAUCUAAAGAGGCUAAGCAAAAGGUUUGUUUGCUAAAUUUACCACUUUAUAUUGAAAAUUUAAUUAAUCUCAUUUCUGAAAUUCCUUAUCAAUUAAAAAUUUGUAAAAAUUCUAACAAUAAAACAUGGCAAGAUUGUAAGAUCUUUAAAGUUCUGAUGUUUUCGAGCUUUCUUUUUUCGUUUUUUUCUUCUCGCCUUCCUUAG